AUCCAUCAAUGUAUUAUUCCAUCUUCAAUUCCACCAUGUUUGGACUCUUCUAAGUUCUAAAAGCUUUCAACCAAUUCAGAAUAAGAAAGCUAGCUGGGAAGCUAAGGCACCACACCACAUUCCUAUUCCAAGAAUCUACAUAAGACCAUUCAUACAAUUGUUGUUAUAAAUACUGAGAGAUCCGAGAGUGUCCGCCAUUGUUGUCAAAGCUUUCUUCUUCUAUUUCUUCUGAUCUGUGUGAAUUAAUAUGAGAAGAGCUAGAGGUUUCAGGAUUGGGCGGAAGCAGGUCGGGGUUUUCACGUGGGUCAUUCACCGGAGGGCGAAGCCGGGGGGCUCCUACCGGCUGCUGGAACCGCGCAGCUCCGCCGUGGACGGAGGAGCGCUUUCUAAGCUGCGGCGGAGCUUGGGGGGUUUGUUGAAACGGCGUAGUCCGGGUUAUGUUCGGGUCGGGCAAGAAGCGGCGGAGGCGAAGAGAGGCGUGGGUGUACCGAAGGGGCACCUGGCGGUGUACGUCGGGGAGAAGGAGGACGGCGCGGCGGCCGAGGCGGCGGCGCGUAGAGUGGUGGUGCCCGUCAUCUACUUUAACCACCCGCUGUUCGCGGACUUGUUGCGGGAGGCGGAGACGGUGUACGGGUUCAAUCAUCCCGGCGGGAUCCAGAUUCCUUGCCGGAUAUCCGAGUUUGAGAAUGUGCAGUCCAGAAUCGCCGCCACGGGCGGUGGUGACGGCUGCAAUUUCCGGCGGCGGAGCUGGAGACACAGAAUCAAAUGGUGAAGUGGAUCGACGACGGUCUUCAUAAUUUCGUAGGAUUAUUCUAGGAUUCGUUUGGUAGUAAGAAGUUACUGCCUCUCCGGUCGGUUUUCUCUUGUUUAUUUUCUUCAUGCGAGUGGAAGAUUUUCUUGUACAAAACUUUACCAGCCAAACCAUUUGAAUAAAAGAAAAAAUCUCUCCCAGAGAUAUUUUAUUAAACA